AUGAAUAGUGUUCUUAUAAACAAAGAUACAGCUUCUCGUAUUAUUAACCAUGGACCAGUUGUUAUGAUUACUGCUUAUGAUGAAGAAAAUCAAAGAACAACAGGAAUGACUUGUCAAUGGAAUAUGCCAUUGAGUAGACUUUCUGUAGCAGUCAAAAUGGGAGCAAGUAGUUAUACUUCUAAAUGUAUUUUAAAAACUAAAAAAUUUGUUAUUAAUGUACCAACAAAAGAAAUUCUUGAAAGUGUUCGUUUCUUUGGUAAACACCAUGGUAACGAUGUUAAUAAAUUUGAAGAAACUGGACUUCAUCUUAAACAAUGUUCUACUCCUUCAUUUGGUAAUUUAUUAAUAACUGAAACUGUUUGUCAAAUUGAAUUAACCCUUGACCGUAUUAUUGAAGAAACUGAUGGUUCUAAAUUAUUAAUUGGUCUUGUUGAAGCUUGUUGGGCUGAUCCUAAAUUCUUUAAAGAUGGUUCUUAUACAUAUACUUCUAAAACAGAAGAGAAAUAUUUAACUCUUCAUCAUUUUGGUGGAGAUAAUUUCGGUAUUUCUCAUCCUCUUUAA